CAUAGUACCGUCAAAAUCAUACCCCAGCAUCUUUCCUUCUGUUAACAGCCUGGGGUCUGGGGGUUCAAGAGUUAAAGCUAUAUUGAAGAGAUCUUGAAGGGAAGUUUCAUUGUAUAAUUUUUCUUAUUCUUUGUGGGGUCCUCUUUCUCUUCCACUGGUAAAUGACAGCCUAAUCAACAGCCUGGAAAGGGUUGUUGUGUUGUAGCUGCACUAAAAAGCAGUGCUUGAUGGGUUUUCAUGGCUGCAUUCACUAUUUCUCAACUGGGUUUUGAUCUUUGAGCAUUCAAUCAAUACCCAUCUUGCUAUCUACCCGGAUUUUGUACCCGUCUUCCGCUUCUCUUCUUGAGGUAAAGUAACUGAAAAAUUUGUGUAGAUUGAGAAAUUUUUUGUCUUUCUAGGUGUUGCCUUACACAUUCUUUGAUUAUAGUGAUUAGUUUGUUGGUUUGAAUGGAGUUUAGUUCGAUUGGCAUUGUUUAGACAGAUCUGGUAGUUCUGGGAUAUCGGGUUCUGUGGAGUUGUGAUUUGGGAACUCUUUCUUUUUAUAGCAGUUGGGUCUUUUGAGGGCUUGUUAAUAGUGAAUUUGGGGUAUUUUGUGGAUCUUGGUGCAUUGGGGAUUGGUUACUGCAGCAGUGUGGUUGUUUUAGUUGGCUAAGUUAGGAAUUGGACAUCCUUUUGAUUUGUGGGGCUCUUCAGCAUUUUCAUCUCUGCAAAUGGUGAAGAUGAAGAUUGAGAAGUGGGUACCUUUUGUUCUUGGUUGUCUGUUGCUUGAGUUUCUUUGUCACAAAUCAUCUGCUUCAUUUACUCCUAUUGAUAAUUACUUGAUCGCAUGUGGUUCUUCCAAAAAUGUCACCUUGGAAGGCAGAACCUUCGUUCCCGAUUCGGGGCUCUUGAAGAGUGGGAACUCCAUUGCUGCAAGUUCCAAUUCUAGUGCCCCAUCUCCAAUAUACCAAUCUGCUCGAAUUUUCUCUAGCAUAGCCUCUUACAAAUUUAAAAUUGAACAAGAAGGCCGGCAUUGGGUCCGCCUUUAUUUCUAUCCUCUUCCCAGUUCAAGCCAAAAGUUGGCAUCAGCCUCAAUAACUGUAGUCACAGAUGAUGUAGUGCUCUUGAACAACUUCACUUUCAAGAAUUACAAUGGUUCUUAUAUGUUCAAGGAGUAUGCAAUCAAUGUGACUUCUGAUUCUUUGACGCUUACUUUCAUUCCUUUGAACAAUUCAGUAACAUUUGUUAAUGCCAUAGAAGUUGUCUCCAUUCCGAACGAGGUCUUCCCUGAUCAGGCAUUGGCUCUACAUCCUUCUAUCCCAUUUAGUGGUCUUUCCGAAAUUGCCUUUGAAACUAUUUACCGGCUAAACGUGGGGGGUCCAUUGAUUACAGCCCAAAAUGAUACUCUGGGAAGAAUAUGGGAAAAUGAUGUGAAAUACCUCCAUGUCAACAGCUCUGCUUUGAUUGUUUCAGUUAAUCCUUCAUCCAUAAAUUAUCCCCCAUCAGUCACACCUGAAACGGCACCCAAUAUGGUUUAUGCCACCGCUGAAACAAUGGGAGCAGAAGCUAAUGUAGCCAAUCCGAACUUCAACAUAACAUGGGUGUUUUCUGUCAAUCCAAACUUCAGGUAUUUUGUUCGGGUACAUCUAUGUGAUAUUUUGAGCAGGUCAAUGAACACUCUGGUCUUCAAUCUCUACAUUAAUGAUGAUAUUGCUCUUGAGAGUCUUGACCUCUCAUCCUUGACGGGCAACCUGAAUGUACCCUAUUACAGGGAUUUCAUUUCCAAUUCCUCAGAAGAUUCAGGUACUCUGACAGUUAGUGUUGGUCCAGAUACCAUGGCAGAUAUUACGAAUGCAACUAUGAAUGGCCUGGAGGUCAUGAAGAUGAGCAAUGAAGCUAGAAGCUUGGAUGGGGUUUCUUCUGUUGAGAGUUUCCUUCCUAAAUCACACUCAAAGAAGAAAAACAUUGGAAUAAUAGUUGGUGCCGUCAUCGGAGCUGCAGCUGCUGUCGCCUUAGUUGGUUUAUACUGCUGUUAUUUGAUGGCGCGUAGGUCAAAGACUCCUCAGCAAGGGCAUUCAUGGCUGCCUCUGCCCUUAUAUGGAAACUCUCAGACCAUGACAACGACAAAAAUGUCCACAACUUCUCAAAAGAGUGGAACAGCAAGUUGCAUUUCAUUAGGUUCAUCUAAUCUUGGCCGCAUCUUCACAUUCCAAGAAAUUAUUGAUGCAACCAACAAAUUUGAUGAAAGUUUGCUUCUUGGAGUUGGUGGUUUUGGAAGGGUCUACAAGGGAACACUAGAAGAUGGCACUAAGGUGGCAGUCAAGAGAGGAAACCCAAGAUCUGAACAAGGCCUUGCAGAAUUCAGAACGGAGAUUGAGAUGUUAUCCAAGCUCCGCCAUCGGCACCUUGUCUCUCUUAUUGGCUACUGUGAUGAACGGUCAGAAAUGGUCCUUGUUUAUGAAUACAUGGCUAACGGACCCCUCAGAAGCCAUCUGUAUGGAAUGGAUCUACCACCUCUGUCAUGGAAGCAAAGACUUGAAAUAUGCAUUGGUGCAGCAAGGGGGCUCCAUUAUCUGCACACUGGUGCUGCUCAAAGUAUCAUCCACCGAGAUGUCAAGACAACAAACAUUCUGUUGGAUGACAAUUUUGUUGCUAAGGUCGCUGAUUUUGGCCUCUCCAAGACAGGUCCAGCUCUUGAUCAGACCCAUGUGAGUACUGCUGUCAAGGGUAGCUUCGGUUACCUCGAUCCUGAGUACUUCAGAAGGCAACAGCUCACGGAGAAAUCAGACAUGUAUUCAUUUGGCGUUGUUCUAAUGGAAGUUCUAUGCACAAGACCAGCUUUAAACCCUGUUCUUCCAAGGGAGCAAGUUAACAUAGCCGAGUGGGCAAUGAUCUGGCAGAAGAAGGGCAUGUUGGAUCAAAUUAUGGACUCCAAUCUGGUGGGGAAGGUGAAUCCAGCUUCCCUCAAAAAGUUUGGAGAGACAGCUGAGAAGUGCCUUGCUGAGUAUGGAGUUGACAGGCCAUCAAUGGGUGAUGUCUUGUGGAAUCUUGAAUAUGCUCUCCAGCUUGAAGAGACUUCAUCUGCACUUACGGACCCUGAAGAUAAUAGCACAAACCAUAUACCUGAUAUUCCGUUGGCACCACUUGAGCCAUUUGAUAACAGUGUAAGUAUAAUUGACGUGAGAAACUCUGGCACAGAUGAUGAUGCUGCCACUAGCGCUGUAUUUUCUCAGCUAGUCAAUCCUCGAGGAAGAUGAGAAGCAAUCAUAUAUCCCUGCUAUUCAUUGUCUCUACCAAUGGAUAUCCUGAACAGUUUGGCAUCCUGGACUGGCGAGUGGGUGGAAUUAUCCAGAAUGAUUGAGGUUAUGUCUUACUUUUCUGGAUCUUUUGCCUCAAAUCUCAUUCAUAGUAUAUUUAUUUUGUAAUAUAGUCAACUGAUGGGUGCCAAUGUAUCCAUCAGAUAUGUGUGUAAGAUUUCAUAAGGAUUUCAUUAACUUCAUCUGGGUUUUCGUAGCCCUUGUUAAGUUUUAUACCUUCAUGAGCUACGGAAUUAUUUAUAUAAAUGAAUUUUUUGUUCAAUGGAA